AUGUCUGCGGAUCGCGCAAACUAUGCAUUCGGUAUCGCUCUCCUGGUUAUCGUAGUCUUCGAGUGGACAUUCUCCAACUUCCUCACACAGCACCUCUUCAUCACUGGCUACAAUAAACCGUUCCUGAUCACGUAUCUCAACACAAGCACAUUCUCGCUCUAUCUGUUGCCCCAGCUUGGCAAACUGUGGUGGGAGCGAAAGGCCAAAGGAGAUGAAGCCCGCGGCGAUUACUCUGUCCUUGCACCUGAGGCGCCGGUGCGUGGACGUCGAGUGUCACUAGAGCGAGUACGAUCCGCCCACUCUCUCAGUCCUCCACAUCUCCCACCGCCUCCGCAGGAAGGAAUUCUGCCGCCCUUGACCGUGCGCGAACAUGCGAGCCUUGGCGCGAUCUUCUGUGUCCUUUGGUUUGCGGCGAACUGGUCAGUAAAUGCUUCGUUAGAGUAUACAAGUGUUGCGAGUAGCACUAUCCUUGCGAGCAUGAGUGGCUUCUUUACUCUUGUGAUUGGAAGGAUGUUUGGGGUAGAGUUGUUCACUUUGGCGAAACUCGGUGCUGUCAUUGCGAGUUUCUCUGGCAUUCUGCUUGUAUCGCUUUCCGACGGAACAUCGGACAAGCCAUCCACCUCGGCGUACGUUGUCCUAGGAGACAUGCUAGCUCUCCUUUCCGCGCUCUUCUACGCCCUCUACGUUCUGUUCCUCAAAAUCCGUGCCCAACACGAGUCUCGUCUCAAUGCGCAACUUUUCUUUGGAUUCGUUGGUCUGUUCAAUACCUUUGGACUCUGGCCAAUAGCGAUCGUCCUACACCUUACGGGGAUCGAGCCAUUUGCGUUACCGACGGAUGGAAUGGCGUGGGGCGCAUUGGGGCUGAAUAUGUUCAUCACACUCUCCAGCGACUAUCUAUAUGUGCUCGCUAUGCUGAAAACCACCCCUUUAGUAGUGACAAUUGGGCUCAGCCUAACGAUACCCCUGGCCGUUUUGGGAGAUAUGUGGAUGGGCCAUUGGGCUACCCUCCAAACCGUUUUCGGUGCUGUCCUGGUUCUUUUUGCCUUUUCGGCUGUCGGAUACGACAGUGCCAAGGAAGUACGUGCGCUGGAACUCCCUAGGGAGGAUUUAGAGACCACGUAUGGGGCUGUUACGCCUCCAGGAACACGUUCUCCCGUUGUAGAAACGCCUGCAGAGGCUUGAAAUGUAUUCUAGGUAGACUGGUAUCAUUACGAUGAAUCCUUAUAUAUUUACUUCUUCUGGUUGCGCUUAGCAAUUGCCCGAGCACUCUUCAUCCGUGGCUUCGUCGCAGAGCCUUUCCCGUGUUUGUCCACCCGUUUGCGUUCCCUUGCGCCUCUUUCUAGAUUGACAGCGCCUUUGCCCUUCACCAUCGCUGCUCGGGCCUUUUUCUUCGCUAAACGACGAGCUACACGGUCUGCAUCUGCUGCUUUGACAGCCCUGCGAGCAUCCUUGUCUAAGCCUGCCAGUCGUUCACCAAGCUUAGGA